GGAUUUGAGGGUAAGGGAUUCCUGCCAUUGCGACGUGUUUAUCCAGAUCUUGGUUCUGCAUCUUUACCGACCUGCAGCUCAUCGCCAAGCAAUUUUGAAAUGUUCCGUUGGCUCAACUCUUGGUUUUCGCCCAGGGCAAACGCAUCUUCACCCAACAGCAACGGAAACAUGGCGGUCACAGCGCAUAUCAGAUCACCAGUCCAACUGGAAAUUAUUGUUGUCGGCGCCGGGCUGAGUGGUUUAGCCACCGCAGUGGCAGCCGCUUUGUCGGGACACAAGGUCACCGUGUUUGAGUCCGCGAAGGAGCUCCUCGAGGUCGGUGCGGGCCUGCAAGUAACGCCCAACUCCACGCGCAUUCUCCAGAAAUGGGGUCUGCCAGACAGACUGUGGAAAUCGGCAUCUGAGCCGACGGAUCUGGUGGUGCAUCGCUACUCUGGAAAAGUGCUCGCGUUGGAGGAGAACUUCAACAAGAAUAUUCGCGCAAAGUAUCAGGCACCAUUCAUCGACUUGCACCGCGUCGACCUGCAGCUGUCACUUUAUGAGCGCGCCAAGGAACUCGGCGUUACAUUUAACCUCGGCGAGAAGGUCGAGAACAUCGACUUCGACAUCCCCGAGCUUACGACGCAGUCUGGAAUCAAGGCCAAGGCAGACCUCAUCGUCGCUGCCGAUGGACUCUGGUCGCGGUCGCGUGCGUGCUACCUGAAGAAGGACGACCCUCCCCUGGCAACGGGUGACCUUGCCUACCGUGUGGUUCUCAACCUCGAUGAGGUCACGGAUCCGGAGCUAAGAGAGUGGAUUCAGAAGCCUCAGGUCCACUUCUGGGUCGGUCCCGGUGCUCACUGUGUUGGGUACUCGAUGAGAGCGGAGAAGAUGUACAACCUGGUGUUGCUUACACCCGAUGAUCUUCCCAAGGGUGUGAGCCGUCAAGCAGGAUCAAUUGAAGAGAUGCAAAGCCGGUUCGAUGAGUGGGACCCGAUAUUGAAGAAAUUCCUCAGCUCGGUCGACAGUGUUGAGAAGUGGAAGCUGAUGCACAGGGAGGAAAUGACUUCUUGGGUCAACGAGAAGUCAAACUUUGUGUUUGUCGGUGAUGCAUGCCACCCCAUGCUACCUUACCUUGCACAGGGUGCCAACUCAGCUGUGGAGGAUGGUGCUGUCCUCGGACUGCUCCUUGGUCACAUCAAGUCUAAGUCGCAACUUCCUGCAGCAUUAAAAUCAUACGAGAAGUUGCGCAAGGCUCGUGGCGAAUCUAUCGUCAGGGAAACAUUCAAGCAGCGCCACGAUUUCCACAUGAAUGACGGCCCUGAGCAAGAGGCCAGAGAUCAAAUCUUCUUGUCACAACUUGGAAAGGAGCUGAAGGGCGCGUUCCCUAGCAGGUGGACGUGCCCUGAGGUGCAGCCCUGGCUGUACGGGUACGACGCGUACAAGGAGGUCGAAGAAGCGAUGAAGAGCGACCCCUUCGACAAGCCCCACGCCAACUUGUGA